AUGCCCUCGAGUGUCCUCUGUCCUGACCUCACGCCCUCGAGGGUCCUCUGCCCCGACCUCACGCCCUCGAGGGUCCUCUGCCCCGACCUCACGCCCUCGAGGGUCCUCUGUCCUGACCUCACGCCCUCGAGGGUCCUCUGCCCCGACCUCACGCCCUCGAGGGUCCUCUGCCCCGACCUCACGCCCUCGAGGGUCCUCUGCCCCGACCGCAUGCCCUCGAGUGUCCUCUGUCCUGACCUCACGCCCCUCGAGGGUCCUCUGCCCCGACCUCACGCCCUCGAGGGUCCUCUGCCCCGACCUCACGCCCUGAGGGUCCUCUGUCCUGACCUCACGCCCUCGAGGGUCCUCUGCCCUGACCUCACGCCCUCGAGGGUCCUCUGCUGCCAGAUGAUCUGUUACUCAUCACCAUCUUGUUCCUUAGAUGAGGACGCCACUGUCACCUAUCAUUUUUCUGCUGCUGCUGCUGUGACCCAUUUACCUAUUAGAGACGCUGCGAACCGUCUGGGGGGAGUAGACUUCAAAGUAAUGAUGCUUCCAGCCAUACCUGAGGUAAAAGAGCUGGCGCCCCCUCAGAGCCGCCACCUCCUGCUGCCCCCACGGGCCACGCUGUGUGAUGACAGCACAGCUGUGCAGGACGAGAAACCAGGAGGUGCCGUGGGGGCCCCGGGCUGGCCGCGAUCAGCAGAGCCAGUGCAGCAAGGUGACGUGGAGACCCCCAAGGCAGAAAGCACCCAUCUUCCUUCACAGGGUCUGUGCGGGCUGGAGCAUGAUGCUGGCUUGAACGACAGCACUGAGUUUGCUUUUCCUUGCAGACCACGCCACUCUAGGGCCACGUGCGCUGAUCCCUCGGCCAAGAAAUGCUUGGUAAUGGACGCAGAUGAUGAGGCGGUCCUGAACCUCAUUGCUGAGUGCGAGUGGGACUUGAGCAACCCUCCCGGGAGCACAAGCUCCAGCCAGAGGGGGCGAGAGGCCAACCUCCCUAGUUCCCAAGAAUCCAGGCACCUGUUGAGUCCCCAGUCAGUACAGUACCAGUGUGGGGAUUCCAUAAAGAAAGGCCAUGAGAAGAGGAGAAGCAGCUCUCGAGGGGAUGGCUCAGAAGAGAGGCCUCAGAACCAGUACUGUGGGGAGCUCCCACCGCAGUGUGGGCUGCACACACACUUUGCCCCACACCCAGAUUCCACAGACAUUGAGGAGUCUACCCUUUCUCAGAAGUCAAGUUUGUCAGCCCAAAAGGUAUUGAAUCCAUUGCCUGCUCCUGAAAAGUACAGGAAGCGAAGAAUGCCUGGUGGGAGAUCUCAGGCACCUGCAGACCAGGAGUGUCUGCACUGCCCGGAGAGGCCCAGUGUGCCCUCGAGCCCUGAGGAGAGUCUGAGCAGGCAGAGUGGCUCGGAGGGCAGGAGUGAAAGGACCUUUCCUCACUCAGCGGUGUCGGAGCCCGAAGAGGAGAGGCCCCCCAGCGUGAGUGGCACCGGAGAGGUGUCUCCUGCCAAACUGUACUCAGCUCCGCCACCCGGGAAGAAGGCUGGCCUGGAAGUGGUGCUCCUGGAGGCGCUCCUCGACCUGGUGGACAGGUACUGGGGCGGCUGCAAGUCCCUGCACGGCAACGAGGUGUUCCGCGCUCAGGCAAGACAGAUUUUAUCAUCGAUGCAAGAGUUUACAGCAGCUCAGGACAUCUCAGCAGCCGUGAGUGAAGAAAUUAGCUUCCUUACUCUGGAAAAGAGAUCUUUGCAAAAGCUCCUUGCUGAACAGCAGCAGCAGUACAGCAUGAGGAUGAGUGAGGUGGCCUCGGAACUCAGCAACACGCGGAAGGAGAUGGGUGACUUGAGACAGCAUCUAGACAAAUCUUUGGAGGAGAAUAGUAGCCUAAAGGCUCUUUUGUUCAGCCUGAAAAAAGAAGUAAAAAAUGCAGACACUGCAGCUACGUUAAACUUGCAGAUUACUGGACUUGAAACAAGUGUGAAGAGGCUCUCUGGUGAGAUCGUGGGGUUGAAGCAACAUCUGGAGCACUACGACAAGGUCUGGGAGCUGACCCAGAUGCUGCAGGAGAGCCACAGCUCCCUGGUCGGCACCAACGAGCACCUCCUGCAGGAGCUGAGCCAGGCGCGCGCGCAGCACAAGGCCGAGGUCGAGCAGCUGCACUGGAGCUACAAGGAGCUCAAGAAGACGCUGGGCCUGUUCCCGCGCGGCGGCUGCUAGGCCGCGUCUGCGUCGCCUCCACGCACCUAGUAAACCGCGGAAGCUCUCUUCUACCUGGUACGAUUGUGGGGCAGAGCUCUGCCUCCCGUUCAUAAUCAGCUGAAGUUUUGAAACGUGUUCAGGGCCUCCGGCUCGGUUUUCUAAAACACCCUGAAAAGAUGGGAUUGAUCUGCCUGUAGGUGAGUCUGCGAACGAGGACAUGUAGGGGUAGUGUUUGCAGGGAGGUGCUAACCAGGGUGGCUCCCUCUGACUCCACGCUGCUCCUGCUCCUGAGAUUGCAAAAAAAAAAAAAAAAAAAAAAAAAAAAGGAUUAAUCCAAGCCCUUCACAUGUUUUGAGACAAGACAUAUUGAUGUUUUUUGAGACCAGCAUCAUUAAUUUUCCGUUGAAAUAUCUUGAGAUAAAAUGCAGUAUUUUUUCUCCCUAAAGAGCGUGUGUGUGAUCAUUAAGUAAUUUUGUAUGACAAGAUAAACUAACAUUCUAAAAAGUGACUUUUUAUAAAUUGUGACUGAGAUUUUCUCACUGAAUUCUUUCAUGAAGCAGGCUAGGCGCAGGUGGGACAGAUACGUUCCAAGAUUUAAUAAAAGUAACACAGUUUGGGGAAACAUUAAAAAUACCAUUUUGUGACAUCACUGCCUGACAGUGGAAGUAUUUCCCCAGGCGCUCUCUUGCUUACAAUUACAGUGCAUUGCUGAAAAUUAGAGCACACACGGACAAAAUACUAGAUUUUUAGUUUGGAAACUUCUUAUCUUAUGUAAAUACUUGGCUUCUAGGUAAAACA